AUGGCCUUGCGAUACGAGCAAAAAGAAUACGUCCUCGACAAAGAGCUCAAAGAGAUAGAUGAAACCAAUGAAUCUGCUGAAGAAAUAGCUGAGUAUAGGGCUCAUGAAAAAGACGCGACAAAGGUUGCUAUUAAAAGUUUUUUCAAAAGACAUUUAGAUGUUGGAGACAACAAUGGUGAAGGAACUUCCAAAAAAAAUAAGCCUAAUGAAAAAGUUGUUGCGGUACUUAAAUAUGUCAAAGUGGAUGGGUCUACUUUAUCUAACCGUAAUCAAGCAAAGGGUAUUUUGUCAUAUUUCAAGACACUUGACUUCGUGUUUCUUUUAAAAUUGAUGUUGAAAAUUCUAUGCCUCACGGAUAGCUUGUCAAAGCAUCUUCAAAAAAAAGAUCCAAAUAUUUUGGAAGCGGCUUCGUUAGUAAAAGGGACAAAGAAAGCAUUGCUAGUUUUUAGAAAAGAUGGGUUUCCACAAAUUUGGAAGAAGGUAUGUGCUUUUUGUGAAAAACACAGUAUUGGAGUUGUGGACAUGUCGGAAUAUUAUGUUACCCCACGCAAGCGUAGGACCAAUAAGACUAAUCAACAUCAUUUUGAAGUUGUGAUUUUUAACACAAUUUUAGAUAUGCAAAUUCAAGAAUUUGGGGAUAGAUUUAGUGAAGUUGGCACAGAGUUGAUGGAUAACAUGGCGGCAUUGAGUCCUUGUGACUCAUUUUCUAGUUUUGAUAAAGCAAAGUUGUUAAAGUUAAGCGAGAUAUACAAAAACGAUUUUGACAAUUCAGAAAGGACGCAACUUAAUGGACAACUUGAUAUCUAUUAUCACUCUUUGGUCCAUGAUGAGAGAUUUUUCAACUUGAAGGGAAUUGCCAACCUCUCUUGUUUGUUGGUGGAAAGCGGGAAGCACCUCUCUUUUCCUUUGGUUUAUAGAUUAUUAAAACUAGCAUUGGUUUUGCCCGUCGCAACUGCAAUCGUUGAACGGUGUUUUUCUGCAAUGAAGUUCUUGAAGACCGAAUUGCGUAAUAGAAUAGGUGACGAUUUUUUGAAUGGUGCUUUGAUUUGUAGUGUAGAAAAAGAAGCACUAGAGAAUGUUAAGACUGAAAAUGUAAUUACUCGUUUUCGUAAAAUGAAAGAUCGAAGAGGUGAACUUUAA